AUGAGCGCAGCUAGAGGUGUUUCAACUAAUUUCAGUGAAAAACCUAUACUUACCGCAAAACCUACCACGGAUCGUACUAGGAUUGCAUCAAAUUCACGUAGGAAACAUAAUGCAGAUGGGAAAGCGCCAAAAAUAUUUGUAUGUGAAGUACCUGGUUGUGGAUCUAGUUUUACCAGGCAAUUUAAUCUUAAAGGACAUAUGAGGUCACAUACAAAUGAAAGACCAUUUGUUUGUUCGUUUGAUGGAUGUGGCAAAGCAUUUGCGAGACAACAUGAUAAGAAAAGGCAUGAGGCCUUACAUCAGGAUAACAAUAAACCAUACAAGUGUUUAGGUUGUAGUAAAAAGUUUGCUCGUAUUGACGGACUUGCUCGGCAUCGUAAGUAUAUCUAUUAUUAA